AUGGCGAAGCAGAAGAAGUCCCUCAAGGGAUCAGUCGCCAUCCUCGCUAUGAACUUCCUCCGUUUCCUCAACAUGGUGAUCAUCGUCGGCGGCGCCGCCACGAUCGUAAUGGUCUUCCUCAUUCAAUCGCCGCCCACCUUCCCCGCCGGCUGGGGUUUCUUCUUCCUCAGCACCCUCGUCAUUCUCUCCGGUCUCUUCGGCACGAUCGCGUCUGGGCAGGUCGGGUGCUUCGAGUGCCACCUGUUCUGCCUAUUCAUAAGCGCCGCGGGGCUGUGCGCUUCGACGCUGAUGAUCUUCCUCCGUUUCAAGGACGUCGUACUGUCGUUGAAACCGAACGCCGACCCGUACCAGAUGUACGACGCGGAGCAGUACGUACGCAUCCUCGGCGCGAUCUAUUUCUUCAUCUUUAUGACGCAGAUGGUUAUUCUCAUGCUCGGCUGCACUGUACACCACUUCGGCCUUAUAGAGCAUAACGAGGACCUCGAUGCGCUGAAAUCCGCGCGCGAGCUUGCGCGCUCCGAGGAGAUUCACCGGCGGCCGAAGAUCGACGGCUGGGUGCCGCACAAGCUGACGGAGAAGAUGAAGCACAAGUACCGGCAAUGGACGCACAGAGGCGCCGCGGACGAGGAGGAAGAAGCGGCCAUGGAAUUCGAUAUGGAGUCGAGCGUUGGAAGCCAAAUGCCGUCCAGUCCCCCGCCGCCGUACCCUGGUGUGUCUACAUACCCUCCCGCGUAA